UAUGGUUACCGCUUUUCUAUUUUAUGUUAUCAUUUAUCAGAGAAAGUGGAAGACCAAAAUCAAUGGAGAAUUUGUGGAUUCUUGCCGUUCUCUUAUUUCAUUUUGGUUUAGGGCUCGCAGCCUCUCACUCCACUGUUAACUAUCUUCCAGGGUUUCGAGGGCCACUUCCCUUUGAACUUCAAACUGGAUAUGUUGGUGUUGAUAAAUCAGAGGACGUACAGCUUUUCUACUAUUUCAUCAAGUCAGAGGGGAAUCCUAAAGAAGACCCUCUCUUGCUUUGGCUCACCGGCGGCCCUGGUUGCUCUGGCUUAUCUUGUCUUCUUUUUGAAAUUGGUCCUGUCGCGGUUGAGGUGGUGGAGUACAACGGAAGCCUUCCUACAUUAACCCUGAAUACACACUCAUGGACACAAGUGGCGAGCAUAAUAUUUAUAGAUAUGCCUGUCGGCACUGGAUUUUCCUAUGCGAGAACUCAACUUGCUUCUCAUUCAUCUGACUUGAUGCAAGUUCGCCAAGCAAUCGAAUUUCUAAGAAAGUGGCUAAGGGAUCAUCCAGAAUUCAUUUCAAACCCAAUCUAUAUAUCAGGGGAUUCCUACUCAGGGAAGACCAUUCCAGCUAUAACUCAACAGAUCUCAGAAGAGAAUGAAAAGGGUAUGGAGCCACUGGUAAAUCUGAAGGGAUAUAUAAUUGGGAACGGUGUUACAGAUUCGAGUUUUGAUUCGAACUCAAAAAUCCCAUAUGCUCAUGGAAUGAGUCUUAUUUCUGAAGAACUCUAUGAGUCAUUGAAGAGAAGUUGUGGAGAAGAAUAUGUAGAUAUAGACCCUAGCAAUACUGAGUGCUUGAAGCAUAUGCAGGAAUUUAACGAGGAUCUUUCUGGGAUUUUUCCUAAUCACAUUUUGGAACCCAUUUGUGCUUUUGCGUCCCCAAAGCCAUUUGAGUUAUUUGAAAAAACAAGAUCAAGAUCUUUCGGUGACAACUCUAAAGACAUCCUUCAAAUCGACCCAUUUCCUACCAUUGGCUGUCGUAGUUAUGGAUAUCUACUUUCUUAUAUUUGGGUCAACGACAAGAGUGUUCGCGAAGCACUUCAUAUAAGAGAGGGAACUGUAAAGCAUUGGCUGCGAUGCAACUACGGAAUAUCUUAUACAAAUGAUAUGCCAAGCAGUAUCAAGUAUCAUUUAUACCUUAGCAAGAAAGGCUACCGCUCAUUAAUCUAUAGUGGCGAUCAUGACAUGAUUGUGCCAUUCUUGGGAACUCAAGGAUGGAUAAGAUCUCUAAACUAUUCAAUUGUCAACGACUGGCGACCAUGGCUUGUUGAAGGCCAAAUUGCAGGGUACACGAGGACUUACUCGAAUCGGAUGACAUUUGCAACCGUAAAGAAUGGUGGGCAUACAGCUCCAGAAUACAAGCCUGCAGAAUGCAUUGCCAUGCUCAAAAGGUGGAUAAGUGAGAAGCCUUUGUAACCACGUCGCUUAUACAGAAAAUGGUCCUUGCCUAAGCUUCCAUGUCUUGUAAGAAAAAAAAAAAAAGAGAAUGGCGACCACUUAACUGUAUUCGUAUAUCUUCAAGGCAAUGCAAGAAUGGUAAGCCCUUUCUUGCAUAGGUUUCAACCUCAACUUAAAAUGAUGUGAGGACUAGUUAAUCUAUAAAGCAAUGAAUUGCCCAA